CGCUGAUCACUGGGAAAUGCAAUUGCCGGUUCUCGGCUGCACUUUCCUCACACUGUCAGAGCGUGAGGAAAGUACUGCCGAGAACCGGCAGUUGUCAGAGCAGGGAUCGGCACCGAUCAUCAGGGCAUUGAUGAUCAGUGCCCUGAUGAUCAGUGCCCAGCAGUGCCACCUGUGCCAGCAGUGCCACCCACCUGUGCCCACCAGUGCAGCCCAGCAGUGGUGCCAGUCAGUGCCCAGCAGUUGCGCCAAUCAGUGCAUCCUAUCAGUGACACCUCAUUAGUGCUGCCUAUCAGUGCCGCCUC